GUUGAAAAGAAAAUGGUUGUUCCCAACGCACAGAGAGAUGCGAUUGACUCUAUUGUUCAAUAUCUCGACAGAAUCAAUCUGAAGGAAUCCGCAAGAAUGCUGGAGCGUGAAUCUGGUUUAUUCUUUAAUGUGGCUUAUUUUGAAGACUGUUUUCUUCGUGGAGCCUUCGAAGCCGCGGAGGACUACCUGACGGGCUUCACCGGAGUCCAUGACAAUAAUUUUACAAUCAAUGUCGUAUUUGAGCUCCGGUGGCACAAAUUCUUGGCCGCCCUAAACGACAAUAAUCGUGAGGAAGCUCGAGUCAUCAUCCGUGAGAAACUUCAACCAUUGGCGGUCUACAACAAAGAUUUGCUAGGGUUUGCCAACACUCUAGUGAAUAUGCAUAACUUCAGGAUGCAUGAAGCUUUCUUGUUCUACGGGGAACCACAGUACCACAGGAUGGAGAGGCUGGAACUCAUUAGGAUGAACUUGAACUCCAAUCCUCUGUUGCAUGGAAAGCUUCGGUAUGCCAUUCACAGCGUGUAUAAUUCACUGGUCAUAGCUCCACCGAUUCCAGCUGCUCUGGCAGUUCCUGCCGCUUCACUAGUUCCAAUUGGUCCAGCACCUCGAGCAGCUCCCCAGCCAUUAGCGGUACCAGCAGGACCGAGGAACUAUACUACUGUUACUCCAAGCUGGUUUCCUAGACCUCGGAGGAACUAA